CCAACAACAUUCACAAGUUUAUCUAUAUAUAUUUAUAAGAACUAAACCAUCACCCCCAUUACACAGAAACUCAUCCUCUCCUCUUUCGUCUUUCUCCUGCUAACGGUAGUUUUUAACGCCGUUAGUUCUUAUUUUCCCGCUUUCACAUAAACCCCCCCAAAAGAAGUAAUGUCCCGCGUGGUAGCAGCAGACGACAAUAUGUCGUUACCGUUCUUCUCCCCGGAGCCUAACCAUCUCUCCAGCUUCUCAGGCGCCUCUUCUUCUCCAACAACCUUCGCACAGCUCUUGAAGAACGUCGGCGACACCACGACGGUCGAGCUCAACGAUCAGCACCUCGUCGAUAUGAAUCUCGCCUCCCCGGACCGUUCCGUACCCUUCCAUCUCUCCUUCAGCGAUCUCACUUACAGCGUCAAAGUCCGCCGCAAGUUCUCCCUGAGACGCGUCCCUUCCGCAGACCCCACCGUCGGAGAGACUCCAUCCUCUUCCAAGACGAAGACGCUUCUCAACGGAAUCUCCGGAGAGGCUCGAGACGGAGAGAUACUAGCCGUGCUGGGAGCGAGCGGCUCCGGAAAAUCGACGCUGAUCGACGCUUUGGCGAACCGAAUCGCGAGGGGGAGCUUGAAAGGGAACGUGACGCUCAACGGCGAGGCUCUCAACUCGAAGAUGCAGAAGGCGAUCUCGGCCUACGUGAUGCAGGACGAUCUCCUCUUCCCGAUGCUCACGGUGGAGGAGACGCUGAUGUUCGCGGCGGAGUUUCGUCUCCCGAGAAGCCUCUCCAAGUCGAAGAAGAGCCUCCGAGUGCAGGCUCUGAUCGAUCAGCUGGGGCUUCGGAACGCGGCGAAGACGAUCAUCGGAGACGAAGGUCACCGCGGGAUCUCGGGAGGAGAGAGGCGGAGAGUUUCGAUCGGGAUCGACAUCAUCCACGAUCCGAUCCUGCUUUUCCUCGACGAGCCGACGUCGGGUCUCGACUCGACCAGCGCGCUCAGCGUCGUUAAGGUUCUCAAGAGAAUCGCGCAGAGCGGGAGCAUGGUGAUCAUGACUCUUCAUCAGCCUAGUUACCGUCUCCUUCGCUUGCUCGAUAGGCUGCUCUUUUUGUCACGUGGACAAACCGUCUUCAGCGGGUCCCCCGCGAUGCUUCCGAGUUUCUUCGCGGAGUUUGGCCACCCGAUUCCGGAGCGGGAGAAUCGAACCGAGUUCGCUUUGGACCUGAUCCGAGAGCUGGAAGGAUCAGCUGGUGGGACGAGGAGUUUAGUCGAGUUCAACAAAGAGUUCAGGGAGAGAAAAGCAGAGCCGAGAACUCAGACCGGUCUGUCUCUUAAAGAAGCAAUCAGCGCAAGCAUCUCCAAAGGCAAGCUCGUCUCCGGAGCUACGACGACUAGCUCCGGAUCGAGCCCUGUUUCCACCAUCCCGACGUUUGCGAACCCGUUCUGGGUGGAACUUCUGGUUCUAGCCAAACGUUCCAUGACUAACUCCCGCAGACAGCCCGAGCUGUUCGGGAUACGACUAGGAGCUGUUCUAGUCACCGGAUUCAUCUUAGCAACCAUGUUUUGGCAGCUUGACAACUCCCCUAAAGGAGUCCAAGAACGUCUCGGAUUCUUCGCGUUUGCAAUGUCGACGACGUUCUACACCUGCGCAGACGCUCUACCCGUUUUCCUCCAGGAACGUUUCAUCUUCAUGAGAGAGACCGCUUACAACGCUUACAGAAGAUCCUCGUACGUGCUUUCCCACUCCCUAGUGGCCCUUCCUUCGUUAAUCAUCCUCUCGCUAGCUUUCUCAGCGGCUACGUUCUGGGCCGUGGGGUUAGAUGGAGGCCUCAUGGGCUUCCUCUUCUACUUCCUAAUAGUCUUGGCAGCUUUCUGGGCGGGAAGCUCCUUCGUCACUUUCUUGUCAGGCGUUGUCCCGCAUGUGAUGCUCGGUUACACCAUCGUGGUAGCUAUCUUAGCCUACUUCUUGCUUUUCAGUGGAUUCUUCAUCACGCGAGAUCGUAUCCCUGCCUACUGGAUCUGGUUUCAUUACAUCUCCUUAGUCAAGUACCCUUACGAAGCUGUUCUUAUAAAUGAAUUCAGUGAUCCGACGAAGUGUUUCAUCAGAGGAGUUCAGAUAUUCGACAACACACCUCUCGCUGCUGUGCCUCAGGGGAUGAAAGUUAGGCUUCUUUCGACAAUGAGCAAGUCGCUUGGCAUGAGGAUCACGAGCUCCACUUGCUUGACCACAGGAUAUGACAUUUUGAAGCAGCAAGGGGUUACGGAUCUCAGCAAAUGGAAUUGCUUGUGGGUCACGGUCGCUUGGGGCUUCUUCUUUCGUAUUUUGUUCUACUUUUCUCUGCUUUUGGGCAGCAAGAACAAGAGGAGGUAAUACGUUUGAUCUUUUAUGAAGGAUUGAUUUGAAACUAUGUAUUAGUUGUUUGUAUCCUGUACUUUUUGUUUAUUCUUUGUUGUAUAUGUUGGUAAAUUUGUUAAAAAUGCACCAUUUGAACAUUGUAUGAAGAAUCAUAUGACAUGUAUAUGCUGAAAGAUUUGCUAAAACCAUGGUUAAGGUUAA